GGAGAAUAAGCAAGAAGCCCUAUAAAUCCAGACUAUAGCUACCAUUUCCAACCAUCAGCUUUUUCAUCUUCAUCUUCCUCAUCGAUUGGCCUGAAUUAAAGGGAAGGGAUCAUAAUCUACAAUUAGAAUGGACGUCAAACAACAAUCGAUGAUUCAAGAAUCACAAAAACCGUCCACCAAAAACCAUGAUUCGUCCUCAGAUGUCCUUCCUCUACCUCUGUACCUCGCUAACGGAGUCUUUUUCACCAUCUUUUUCUCCGCCGUCUACUAUCUACUCCUCCGAUGGCGUGAAAAGAUCCGAAACUCUGCCCCUCUACACGUCCUUACCCUCUCUGAAAUGAGUGCUUUAGUUGCCUUUCUUGUCUCCUUCAUUUAUCUCCUAGGCUUCUUCGGCAUCAGCUUUGUGCAGUCGUUGAUUAUUCCCCGUGCUACCCAUGACAUUUUGGAUGAAUUAGAGGAGAUUGAUCAGUUGAUGAACAAGGAGGAUUCCCGUGCCGCUCCCUGUGCUGCCGCUCCAACCCCAUCUGAUUGCCAAGUUGCUUCUCCCAAACCUAAAUCCAAACUAGACAGGAUUGAUGCUGCUGAUCAACUGCCGGCCCCGGCGCUCACCCUCUCGGAGGUGGACGAGGAGAUUAUCAAGUCUGUGGUGGAGGGCAAGACCCCUUCUUAUUCUCUCGAAUCCAAGCUUGGUGAUACUCUCCGUGCCGCUGCUAUUCGCCGUGAGGCUUUACAGAGGAUCUGUGGAAAGUCCCUCGCAGGGCUUCCCUUGGAGGGCUUCGAUUACGACGCCAUACUAGGUCAGUGCUGCGAGAUGCCUGUGGGUUACGUUCAGAUUCCGGUGGGCAUCGCUGGGCCUCUGUUGCUCGAUGGCAGAGAAUUCUCGGUUCCCAUGGCUACCACGGAGGGCUGCCUGGUUGCCAGCACCAACAGGGGAUGCAAGGCCAUCUAUGUCUCUGGCGGGGCAUCUAGUGUGGUCUUUAGGGACGCGAUGACCAGGGCUCCCGUUGUCAGGUUCGGCACUGCCAAGCGCGCUGCUGAUUUGAAGUUUUUCCUCGAGGACCCUCUCAAUUUCGAGGCCUUGUCGCUUGUUUUCAACAGUUCCAGCCGAUUUGCCAGGCUUCAGACCAUCAAGUGUGCGAUUGCUGGCAAGAAUCUCUACAUCAGGUUCUCCUGCAGUACAGGGGAUGCAAUGGGCAUGAACAUGGUCUCUAAGGGUGUGCAGAAUGUGAUGGACUUCCUUCACAAGGAAUUUCCGGACAUGGAUGUUAUUGGCAUCUCUGGAAACUACUGUUCAGACAAGAAACCGGCUGCUGUGAAUUGGAUUGAAGGUCGGGGUAAAUCAGUUGUUUGUGAGGCUAUCAUCAAGGAAGAUGUGGUGAAGAAGGUCCUCAAGACUGAUGUCGAGUCGUUGGUGGAGCUCAACAUGCUCAAGAACCUUACUGGUUCUGCUAUGGCUGGAGCUCUGGGUGGCUUCAACGCCCAUGCCAGCAAUAUUGUCUCUGCUAUAUAUAUUGCCACUGGCCAAGAUCCUGCACAAAAUAUUGAGAGUUCUCACUGCAUCACCAUGAUGGAACCUGUCAACGAUGGAAAGGACCUUCACAUCUCUGUAACUAUGCCUUCUAUUGAGGUUGGUACAGUCGGAGGUGGGACACAACUGGCCUCUCAGUCAGCUUGCUUGAAUCUUCUUGGAGUGAAGGGAGCUAGUAAGGAAGCUCCAGGAUCAAACUCAAGGCAGUUAGCUACCAUUGUAGCUGGGGCCGUUCUUGCUGGAGAGCUUUCUCUCAUGUCAGCAAUUGCUGCUGGCCAACUCGUCAAGAGCCAUAUGAAGUACAACAGGUCCAAUAAGGACGUGUCCAAGGCUUCGUCUUGAGGUUCCUAUCCCCGAAUAAGUCGUAGUAGAUGACUGGAGCAGACUGGUGCAUAUAUUGUCAUCAAAACAGUGAACCUUCUAACCAAGCCAGGGAGACAAUUGUUCUUAUUUUACACAUUUACGUUCUUCAUGAAUUCUCGUUAGAGGGUAAAACAAAAUUGUGAGAGAUUGGAUUAGUCUUUCUUUGUUUAUUAGUUAUUCUUUUGUAUCCUUUUGUAUUCACAUUUUUCUAUUUCAUCAGAAUUUCGAAGGAUUGAAAUUUCAAACAAAUUCUAGACAUCAUUUUCCUAUG